UAAACAAGCAUGGCUGAAGCAAACGAAGAAAUUUCAGAAUUUCCAGGCGAUUCUAAGCGAAAGAAAAAGUUUCUCAAGAAAAAGAAGGCUGUAAUCGAAGUCCCUGAAGGCUGGAGCGAACCAAAAUUCACGAAAGAUGAUAAUCCACACGGAAUGCUGGCGGAGAGCUCCUUCGAAAUCAAAUUUCCUCAGUACAGAGAACCCUACAUUAAAGAGUGCUGGCCCUUGGUUGUUAAAGUGUUAAAGGACCACUUACUAGCUGGAGAGCUGGAUUUAGUCGAGGGUAUCAUGACUGUCAAAACAACCAGAAAAACAUGGGAUCCCUACAUCAUCAUUAAAGCAAGAGACUUUUGUAAACUGAUGGCGCGAAGCGUGCCGUUUGAACAUUCCGUUAAAAUAAUGGAGGAUCGCUAUGGAUGUGACAUCAUCAAAAUUUCAACGUAUGUGAGAAAUAAAGAACGCUUUAUCAAAAGACGUGACAGACUUAUUGGCCCUGAUGGUGCUACGCUUAAAGCUAUUGAACUUUUAACGGACUGUUACAUCUUAGUUCAAGGUCGUACAGUUUCAGUGAUUGGUCCGUACGGAGGGUUGAAUGACGUACGUGACAUCGUGGAGCAGACGAUGUUAAACACGCAUCCAGUUUACACGAUUAAACGCUUAAUGAUAAAACGUGAACUAAUGAAACAUCCAGAACUUCGAAAUGAAAAUUGGGAACGAUUCAUGCCCCAGUUUAAGAAGAAGAACCAUCAGAAGAAAAUGAAAGUAGAAUUUAAGAAGAAAGAGUACACUCCCUUCCCUCCUCCAAUGCCGGAAUCAAAGAUUGAUCAACAACUAGCGUCCGGAGAAUAUUUCUUAAACGAAAAACAGAAAGGAAUUAAGAAAAUGAUGGAAAGAAAAGAAAAAGAUAAAAAGGCGAAACAGCGCCAGCAAGAAAAACGACGAGCUGAUUUCAAUCCUCCAGAGGAAGUUUCAGUGCCAAAGAAGAAACAGAAAUAUGAAGCAUCAAGCUCUAAGAGCAGUGUGGAUGUGGCUGCUUUGAAGAAAAAAGUCAAAAAGGCUCAAAGAAAAUAAUUGAGUGUUCUGUGUAAUUUUGUUUUCAGAUUUUUGUUGCUUAGAAAAUAAUUGGAUAACACUAUAUUAUAAUAUUUUUUAAGAUUUGAAUGAAAUAUGUUGUAAAUAUUGUAUUGUCAUGUAUUAAUGAUAUAAAAUUGCUGCCAUUUC